AUGUCAGCUGUUAAUGACACCAAAUUCACACAUGUUAUGUUCCUUCUCUCCCGGAUACCUGGGAUGGAAGAUGACUGUCUCUGGAUCGCUAUCCUUUUCUGCUUCAUGUAUGCUAUUUCAAUAGUAGGCAAUUCAGUCAUUCUGUUCAUUAUAAAAAGAGACCCAAGUCUCCAUGAGCCCAUGUACAUUUUCCUUUCCAUGUUGGCCCUCACAGACCUUGGCUUACUGAUAACCACCAUGCCGACAAUCCUGAGCACAUUCUUGUUUAACUUCAGGGAGAUCAGCUUGGAUGCCUGUUUUGCCCAGCUGUUCUUCAUCCACUCGCUUUCAAACGUUGAGUCUUCCGUGCUCCUGUUGAUGGCCUUUGACCGCUUCAUUGCCAUCUGUAACCCGCUGAGGUACACUUCGAUCUUAACCCUGCCAACAAUAACCAAGAUGGCCCUGGCGGUUAUGCUAAGAUCUGUGGCCCUUAUAUUCCCUCUCCCCUUUCUCCUGAAACGAUUCCAAUACUGUCGAAGGAACAUCCUCUUCUACUCCUACUGUGCACAUGCAGAGGUCAUGAAGCUAGCUUGUUCGGACAUCACAGUCAACAUCAUCUAUGGCUUGUGUGUUAAAGUCUUAACAGUGGGGUUCGACUCUUUGUUCAUCUUCCUUUCAUACGUGAUGAUCUUCAAAACUGUGCUGAGUGUCACAUCCUCCACAGAAUGCCUGAAGGCCCUGAAUACCUGUGUUUCCCACCUCUGCGCCGUGCUUCUCUUCUACAUACCAGAUAUUGGCUUGUCCAUUCUACACAGAUUCGGGAAUAGCUCUUCACUCUUGCCUCAGAUUUUCCUGAGCUACAUCUUCCUGUUGCUCCCACCCCUGAUGAACCCGAUUGUGUACAGCGUAAAAAGCAAACACCUGAGUGCGAAGAUCAGUAGGGUAUUAUUCAAGUGA